AUGUGCUACCUUUUUGACCCGGGGUCUACACCUUAAUUAAUUCAGUGGUUUUUAACAAUAGGGGUUCAGUGCUUCUCACACAAAUUCCACGAAAUGCCCUCUUUCAUGCUGAAGUCCUGACACUUAACCAGCACAAUCAUUGUCCUUUAGUAGACAUUGCUUGAAGCAAAGGUCAAUAAUUUGACGUGAAUGACAAAAUACAGGAAAAAUGCACACUGAUUCCCCACUACACCCCCACUGAACCAUCCAUUCAAUGGUCUGGUGUUUCACAGCCAUCAGCAACGUCUGAACUAAACUUGAUUUCCCGAUACGCAGCCGCAGCUUGCUGACUGAACGACACUUACUUGGUAUUUUUUACCACCAACUCCUUUGUAUAAUGGCUGACGACGCCGAAGAGAAGAGUCCCCCUGCGGUGCGAAUCCCGGUCAUAAUUCUCGUCCUGCUCUUCGGAACGGGCUCCUGGGUCGCCAUCAAUGGGUUAUGGGUGCAACUCCCACUCUUGGUGUCCCUGAACAUCCCAGAAGGUUACAACUUGGCCACCUACCUGACCGUGAUCAUCCAAAUCGCUAAUGUUGGACCCUUGAUUUUCUCUCUGGUCAACUACUUUUCACCUAAAGGGAAGCAUGUGGAAAUACCAACAGUCUUCAUAAUCGUGUCCAUAGGUUGCGUCUCAACCUUGUUGCUUGUAUUUUUCUGGGAUGCCUAUACGGUAUGGGACCUAGAUGGCAGUCUUCAUAGCACGGCGUUGCUGUGCUUGGCGUUCUUCUUAUCCAUCGUGGACUGCACCUCGUCUGUUGCCUUCACACCUUUCAUGUCGAUCCUCAAGAACUCGUACCUCACCUGGUAUUUCGUCGGGGAAGGUCUGAGCUCUCUGCUCCCCAGCAUUGUGGCGCUUAUCCAGGGGGUCGGGAAUGUCGAGUGUGUCGCCAACAACACCUAUAUCAACUACACCGUGAUUGACAAUGUCACCACGGAGCAGAUAUGCACGAACUGGAAGCAGGUGGAUUCCCCAGCUAGAUUCCAACCUCAGGAGUUCUUUGGCUUCCUCUUUGCAAUGAUGAUGACAUGCCUGAUCGCGUUCACCUUGCUUAACUAUCUACCCCUGGCAAAACGUGAGCACCUGAUUCGAAAACCAAAAUCAAGUACUUUGCCAAAAACAUCUGUGACAAUGAGUUGUGCUGAGAGCCGUGCUGUGCUGGUCUAUGGAACAAGCGACGAGACUUCUUCAUCCCAGGAUAUCUCCGGUCCCGACGUAACGGAGACACCACCCACAGACUCAUCCAAAGAUGUCCAGACCACAAAUCACACCCUAACCCGGUUCAACUACAUCUACCUGUUUGGUGUCUUAGCCUUCGUAACUGCACUCAGUAACGGUGCUCUACCAUCCAUCCAGACCUACUCGUGCGCUCCAUACGGAUUCAACACCUAUCUCCUGGCAUCCACAAUGGCUAAUAUUGCCAACCCCGUUGCUGCCACGUUGGUGAUGCUGCUACCAAGCAGGAAUCUUGUAUUGGUUGGGGUGACGGCAGCUGCAGGCACGCUCGCGGGGAGUUUCUGCUUUCUGACGGCGGCACUCAGCCCAACCCCACCGCUGCAACACGAAAUUGGAGGUGCCGUACUUAUUAUCCUAUCAUGGGUGUUAGUCAGUGGCCUACUGGUAUACACCAAGGCCACCAUUGCAUGGAUCCUUCGCAGUCAGCCCAACAACCGCUCCCUCUUGAUCUGGUACGGCGGUAUCACUCAGGUUGGAUCCAUGAUUGGGGCCUUCGUCAUGUUCCCCAUCGUCACCAUAGCCCAGCUAUUUACACCGUAUUAUGAAAAUGCCUGCGACGGGAUGCCCAUCUGCGAACCCAUGUAAAAACAACUGGGGCUUUACCAAAACAACGACCUCGGCUUAGGCCGUAUCCGAAUGCAAUUUUUCUUUCUUCUGCACAUUAGAAUUGCCGUCCUCAAAAGAAAAAAUCUUUAUUUGUUUUUAAGGAUUCCUUUUUUAAAACAAUUUAGAAGAAAACAAUUCCCCCAUUGAAAAGCACUACGACAGUGGAAUUUCGUAGUGUAGAAAAAAAUUGCUAUCCGAAUUAAACUGCUACGGCAAUGGCUAUGACUGGUUGCCAAGGACGUACUAUAUACUUCAACGUACACGGAAAUGAAACCAUAGCCGGUAGCUGAAGCCGCCAAUUUGGACACAGUCUGAGUCUCCAUUAGUGUUUUGAAGUUGACUGAUGCUUUCAGUACGCCGCUUCACUGCAAGGUGCUCACACUGCAGAGCCGAAUAACCAAAGCUGGGUUUCGAAAAGGCCAUUCAAGCCAGCCAAAAAGGCAUGUUCGAAGCGUACAAACUGGACACUAUUGGUAAUUGUCAAAGACCAGUCUUCUCACUUGUGGUAUCUCAACAUAUAAAAUAACAA